CAUAGAUUUGAAGCUGCAUUAAUCCAGAUUGGAGUUGCAAUCAUCAUUCUGCAACUCCAAUCUAUUAGCAAAAGAUACGUUUAUCUCAUUUUUAUUAUUUUAUACGACCCAAAUUAGAUAGAUUUGAACCUGCAUAUUCCAAUUUAUUGUUAACCUACAAGUCUAAUUUAUUAUCCGAGUUGAGUAACAUCGCCUUUUUUCCGCCCCACUCCAUUCUUAUCGAAACAGGAAAAAAGUCAACCAACCAUUCUUUUUGUUUCUCCCACAUCUUGCAAUCUCCGUCUCUCUUAACCUAUCCACAACUCACCAUUAUUUUUAUUAUUAUAAUAAUUAUAAUUAUAAUAUAGUACAUUUAUUAAGAAUUUUUUUACAAGUUUUUUUAGCUUGAGCAAAAUGGGCACAGGUUCAUCAAAGAACCCAGACUCUAGUUCACAUGGCAGCGAGGACCAUGGAGGAGGACAACUCUACGUCUCUCUCAAAAUGGAAAAUUACAAACUCAAAGGCGAACUCAUUCCUCAUGUCUAUGGCUCUGUCCCCCUCAUUGGUUCCUGGGAUUCUUCUAAAGCUCUUCCCAUGGAACGCGAAUCCACCUCUAUGUGGGAACUCAGUUUCGUCGUUCCUCCUAAUCACGAGACGUUGGACUUUAAGUUCCUGUUGAAGCCAAAAUACAACCAUGAGCCUUAUAUAGUGGAAGAAGGUCAAAACCGUGUACUAAUUGCUGGAACAUUACAAGGGGACGGCCAUUCAGCUUCGUUUAAGCUGGACAACGAAGAGAUUAUUGAAUAUAGAGUGUUUGUUAAAGCAGAUAGAGUUUCACCAUUUGACCUUGCGGCUAGUUGGAGAGCCUUUCAGGAAAAUCGCAAGCCUUCCACUGUUCGAGGAAUACCGGAUGUUAGCAUAAACUCAACACCAGCGAUGGGCGCAGAGAGUGGCUCUUCAGCUAGUCUAGAGCUUGAUCUUGAACAUUAUGUUGUCCCUGCUCCAACAACAUCUGCAAUGGUUUACGCAGCUAACUUGACAGAAACUCCCAGGUCACUAAAACGUACAGGGGUAUUUUCUGGGACAGAUGGCACUACCAUUCCUAGGCCUUCCUCAAAGGAUGGUCACACUUCAAAUGAUCGUCCUGCUACAAUAAAGGAGAUGGAAGUGAUUGUCCCAGAUCUAAGUAGAAUGCCCUCAGGGUCUGCCAUGGCUGAAUCCAAGUCCGUGGGAACGUUCUCGUCUUUGCAAAAACAAGAUAGUUACAGAGGACUCCUUGUAGAUAGAGGUGUGGGAUCUCCUAGACUAGUCAAAUCACCCAGUAUAACCAGUUUUACUCUUGAUCUCAAGCCUGAUUCAGAUGCCAAGAAUAUGAUGCCAGCUGCUGCAGGAGCCGUUGCGGCUGGAGCUGUAGCAGAUCAGAUGCUUGGGCCAAAGGAAGACAGGCAUCUAGCAAUCGUUUUGGUUGGCUUACCAGCUCGUGGAAAAACUUUUACUGCUGCUAAGCUAACUAGGUAUCUUCGAUGGUUAGGUCAUGAUACCAAGCACUUCAAUGUUGGGAAGUACCGCCGACUCAAGCACGGAAGUAACCAGUCUGCUGAUUUCUUCCGAGGUGACAAUCCAGAAGGCUUGGAGGCUCGCAAUGAGGUAGCAGCCCUUGCAAUGGAAGAUAUGACCGCUUGGAUGCAAGAGGGUGGUCAGGUAGGAAUUUUCGACGCCACAAAUAGCUCGAGGCAAAGAAGGAAUAUGCUUAUGAAAAUGGCUGAGGGAAAAUGCAAGAUUAUUUUCUUGGAAACAAUCUGUAAUGAUCGUAAAAUAAUUGAAAGAAACAUACGUCUGAAAGUUCAACAAAGCCCAGACUAUGCUGAAGAGCCAGAUUUUGAAGCUGGAUACAGAGACUUCAAAAAUCGCCUUGAUAAUUAUGAAAAGGUUUAUGAGCCAGUGGAGGAAGGUUCUUACAUCAAAAUGAUUGAUAUGGUCAGUGGUAAUGGAGGACAAAUACAAGUGAAUAAUAUUAGUGGGUAUCUUCCUGGGAGGAUCGUCUUCUUCUUGGUCAAUACACAUCUGACACCCCGUCCAAUUUUUCUAACAAGGCACGGAGAGAGUCUAUACAAUGUUAGAGGCAGAAUUGGGGGUGACACUGCCAUAAGUGAAGCCGGGGAGCUCUAUGCGAAGAAGCUUGCCAAUUUUGUUGAAAAACGACUUAAAAAUGAGAAGGCCGCUUCUAUAUGGACCAGCACAUUGCAAAGAACAAUUCUGACAGCUAGUCCAAUUGCUGGGUUUCCCAAGAUACAAUGGCGAGCCCUUGAUGAAAUAAAUGCUGGCGUAUGUGACGGAAUGACAUAUGAAGAAAUAAAGAAAAAUAUGCCUGAAGAAUAUGAGUCACGCAAAAAGGACAAGCUGAGGUAUAGAUACCCUAGAGGUGAAUCUUAUCUUGAUGUCAUACAAAGGUUGGAGCCGGUGAUUAUUGAGCUUGAAAGACAGAGAGCACCAGUGGUGGUGGUAUCUCACCAGGCAGUAUUGAGGGCUUUGUAUGCUUAUUUUGCUGAUAGGCCUUUGAAAGAAGUCCCACACAUUGAGACGCCACUUCACACAAUCAUAGAGAUACAAAUGGGGGUUACAGGAGUGCAGGAGAAGAGAUACAAGCUGAUGUAGGUCAUUGCAACUUGACUUGCUAAUUCAUAGCUGCAGCAAUUGCCUCAUUCUUCAAAUUGUAAUCGAUACCAAAAAUUGUAUAUCAACGAGACUGACAUUAAAGUGUAUAAUUUUGAAGGGCUUCAUCUUCGUCUUCU